AUGCUCGCCCUCCUCGCCCUCUUCCACCUCCUCCCCAUCCUCGCCCUCGCCGCACACAGCCCCCCGCACCACCGCAGGGCCCACGAACGCGCCAGGAAGAACUACGAACACGUACACGGCCGAGACGCUGCCCACAAUGCCCCCGCCAUCGUCGAGCGAGACACCCAUUUCGACAACCGAACUCUCGUUGAGCGAGACCACUACGACAACCGUACUUUGACCCCCCGAGCCGACACCUUUACCGGCGUCGGUACCUUCUACGCUACGGGUCUUGGUGCUUGUGGACAGUCUUCCCAGGAUAGCGACUAUCUGGUCGCGUUGAACUCGGCGCAAUAUGGCGGUGGAUACCCCGGUCCCCAGUGCUUCAAGACCAUCACCAUCAGUGACGGCUCGACGUCGGUCAGUGGUAUCACCAUCAUGGAUGAAUGCCCCACUUGUGACUAUGGAUCUCUCGAUUUGAGUCCCGGUCUUUUCACCAGGUUUGCAGAUGAGGACGCUGGUACCAUCCACAUCACUUGGUGGUACGAAGACUCGGAACCCACCUCUGCCGCAGCCACUUCUACGAGCCCCACUUCGACCUAUGUCGCUCCUACGUCGACCUACACCCCUCCCACCUCUACCUACACUUCCCCCACUUCGACCUACGUCGCCCCCACUUCUACCUACACCCCCCCUACCUCGACAUACACUCCUCCCACUUCGACUUACACUCCCCCAUCGUCCACCUGGGUCGCCCCCUCGUCGUCAAGCUCCGCCUGGCCCUCCGUCGAGCCUUCCACCUCUUCAUCCACUUCCAUCUGGGUCGCUCCUUCGUCCUACGAGAGCAGCUCCGCCCCCAGCAGCACCAUCACCUCCUCCCCCAUCUCUUCCGCCGCCAUCUCUGCCUCCGCUUCGGCCUCCAACUCUACCAACCCCUGGGCGGUCAUCAGCAGCGCCUCUGAUGUCUCCAUCCAGGCUUCUGCCAGUGUGGGUGUCAGCGUGAGCACGGAUGGGAGCGAUUCGAGCGUGUCGGUGUCUGUUUCGGGCAACCUGGAGUUGAUCAACGCUUUGACUGCCAACUAUGGCCAGCUCGUCGUCAAUGCCGCUCAGGUGGAUGCUUGA